AUGGUGAAUCUGACUUCCUACCUUGAGGAGCAUCUGAGGGACAGCUCUGGCAACAGGACAGAGCACAGCCGCAAGUACCAAGUAGCAAGCAUGGCUCUCAUCCUGCUGGUGUGUGGAGUCGGGAUUGUGGGCAAUAUGCUGGUGGUCUUUGUGGUCCUCAGCACAAAACACAUGCGAACCCCGACUAACUGUUACCUGGUAAGCCUGGCGGUCGCUGACUUGGUGGUGCUGAUGGCUGCUGGUCUCCCCAACAUCACCAACACCAUCUACGGAUCAUGGGUCUAUGGUUACAUGGGCUGCCUGAGCAUCACCUACCUGCAAUACCUGGGCAUUAAUGUGUCUUCCUGUUCAAUAACUGCAUUCACUAUUGAGAGAUACAUCGCUAUCUGCCACCCUAUGAAAGCUCAGUUUAUCUGCACGACAUCCAGAGCUAAAAAGAUUAUCCUGUUAGUCUGGGCUUUCAUUUCUCUCUACUGUAUGAUGUGGCUUUUCCUGUUAGAUAUCAAACACACCAGCUACAAGGAUAUGACCGUGGUGAUAUGUGACUACAGAGUCUCCCGAAAAUUUUACCUGCCCAUUUAUUUUCUUGAUUUCAUUCUGUUCUACAUUGCUCCCCUGGUCCUGGCCAUUGUCCUGUACUGGAUGAUCAGCAGGAUCUUGUUUCUCAACCCCAUCCACAGUGAUCCGACAGAAAGCAACAAACACCAGAGUGAUGGAUCCAUUGGCCACCAACAGACAAGUGACACCUUAACUCCCAACAGCACAGCCACUUCCAGGAAACAG